ACCUGCUACCUGACUUUGGCUCAUCUGCUGCAAGAACUCUUCUGCCUAAAUGUUCAUAUUCCAUCAUUUCCAGCCAGCCGCUACCAUCCCGCAGAAGUGAACACAGUAAAACAGAUGCACUGUCCAAUCACAGAAGAACGUGACAGCAGGAGGAGUGCGACCCGACCCGUCCAUCUGAGGAAGUGGCUGUCUGGAGGCUCAUGACACCUGGAGCACUCUACCAUGGGGCUACAGCUAAGCAUCUUCCUCCUGGGGUUGCUGCUCCCUCUGGGGCGAGGGACCACCCAGAUCUAUACCUCUUCUGGAAAGAGCGUACUGAAAGAACAGCUAUGGCCAGAGUUGCAGACUUUGAAGAAUUUUUCAUUCCUAUGCAACACAAAGAAAUCAGGACUGAAAAGACCGUCUAAAUCAGCUCACUCUCUGAGGCCUUCUGAUAUUAAAUUUGUGGCAGCCAUCAUCAAUCUGGAAACACCUCCAGACUCAGGAAUGGCUGACCCGAAGGAGCAAAAACCGACUGACAAAAGGCCACAGCAGGUGUGCAUGGGCGUAAUGACAGUUCUUGCAGACAUCAUCCGUCACUUCAGUCCUUCUGUUCUGACACCCGUGUGCCCUUCUGGAAAGGAAAGUGUGCCCCCAAGUGAUGCUAAAAACUUGUGGCUUCAGGCUAAAGAACUGGUGAGACGCAUGAAAGAGAACCCGCAACUUGAUUUUCUAUAUGACUGGAAACUCAUCACUGUGUUCUUCAGCAAUGCAAGCCGGUGUUACCUGUGUUCCUCUGCUCAGCUGAAGAGCCACGUGGAGGACAACCUAGACCAGCUGAGCCAGCUGCUGGACCACCUGCACGAGAAGGUCCCCAAAGCAUUUGUAAACCUGGUGGAUCUUUCAGAGGUUGCGAGGGUCACUCACUGGCAUCAGGGAGCCCAGCUCAGGUAA